AUUUUGCGUGAUAAAGGAAAGAAAUUUUGAAAUUUUGAUGCACAUAAAUAGAACAUGGUGACCUAAUUUUUGGAGUAUUGACUGAUCCAGAAGACAGUGAUGAAGAUAUGUUCACAGUUCCAGAUGUCGAGACCACACCCAUUAAUGUUCAUUCUCAUCCAAACAGUAUCCUUAAACAAUCUAACGUGACAGAACCUCAGUUUCAAACUGGUUUCCCUGGAAAGCGUCGCAGGGGAAGAAACCCUGCAGAUAAGGAACAUAGACGUCUCAAGAGGUUGUUGAGAAAUAGGGUUUCUGCUCAACAAGCUCGAGAAAGAAAGAAGGUUUAUGUGAAUGAUUUGGAAGCAAGAGCCAAAGAGUUGCAAGAUAAAAAUGCUAUCUUAGAAGAACGUAUCUCUACUUUGAUAAAUGAGAACACCAUGCUUAGAAAGGUUCUUAUGAAUGCGAGGCCAAAAGUUGAUGAUAGUAAUGAACAAAAGCAAGAGCACUUAAGUAAGAGCUAACAAGGUUAAACCUUCAAACAAAUUAUUUAUAAUUUAUUCUAUAAUGUAAAUUUACAAAUUUAUGACUAUUUUCUUUCUUUUAUACUUUUAUCUAAGACCUUCUCCACCUCCACAUCAAGGUUUUUUGUUCGGCAUUCUUUGAUGUAGUGAAGUUGGAAAAAGUUCAAAAUUAAUGCUUAUUGUAUAGUAGUUUCAAUGUAUCUUAAGAAAA